AUGGCUGUUGACAUGCUUGUCAUUUGUCAUGAAGUGCUGUCAAUUUUAUGAACCGCAGUAAAUUUUACUGAAUAAUUUGAAGCUGCUAGUUUUUUCGUUUGAAAAUUUGUUAUAUCGCUGAUAUUCAAGUUUGAAAAUAUGGCAGAUUCUGCAAGUGAAUCGGAUUCAAGUAGCAUAGAUGGAGGACCAAUUAUGAUGCCUCCAAGUCCUGUAACCAGGGAACAGUUGCAGAAAAGGAUAGAAAGCCUGCAACAACAAAAUAGAGUUUUGAAGGUGGAGCUAGAUACCUAUAAACUUCGUGUGAAGGCUCUCCAAGAGGAGAAUAAAGGCCUACGUCAAGCUUCUGUUAUUAUUCAAGCUAAAGCAGAGCAAGAAGAAGAAUUCAUUUCCAACACUUUGCUCAAAAAAAUUCAAGCUUUGAAAAAAGAAAAAGAGUCAUUAGCUCAUCAUUAUGAGCGUGAGGAGGAAUGCUUAACCAAUGAUCUAUCAAGAAAACUCACUCAGCUACGUCAAGAAAAAUGCAGGUUGGAGCAGACUUUGGAACAAGAACAGGAGUGCCUUGUCAAUCGUCUUAUGAGAAAAAUAGAAAAACUGGAAGCUGAAACUUUGGCUAAGCAAAGUAAUUUGGAGCAGCUCAGAAGAGAAAAGGUUGAACUAGAAAACACAUUGGAACAAGAACAAGAGGCCUUAGUCAACAAACUUUGGAAGAGGAUGGAUAAAUUAGAAACAGAGAAAAGGAUGUUGCAGAUCAAGUUAGAUCAACCUGUCUCCGAUCCCACAAGCCCUAGGGAAAUAAAUAAUGGUGAUACUGCUAGCAAUCUCACCUCACAUAUUCAAAAUCUCCGCUCAGAAGUAACUAGGUUACGUCAAACUCUGACUAAUAGUCAGCAGGAGCAUACUCAGAAUAUGCAGCGUUAUGCCCAAGAAGAACGUAACAUCAAGGAGGAGAAUCUCAGAUUACAACGUAAGCUGCAAAUGGAAGUCGAGAGGAGAGAAGCUCUAUGCAGACACUUGUCAGAGAGCGAAAGCUCUCUCGAGAUGGAAGAGGAGAAGCACUUAAACGAACAGGUUCUAGGUAUGCAAUUUCAUACUCUAUCACCUGUUCCGUUUAACACAUCUAACCAGGGGCAACACUCAUGUCUAGGAGGACCUGCGAUGCAAGCACCGUCACCACGAGAUUCACUUGUGAUUGGUAGUUCGCUCAGAUGCCAUACCUGUGGUCAGCUAUUACCAGUUCCUUUACAUCAUGGUAAUACUAGUUCUCCAGCACCUGCCCCUCGGAGACCUUCCGAAAGAUUCAUAAAACCUGCUAUUCCAGCACCUCAGCCUGCUAGUCCUAUGGAUACAUCUGUCUCAAAAGAUUAAGCUUUAAUGAAACAAAUUUCAAUGAAUGUCCUCGUAGUUCUGACCUACAGAGACCAGAGUACGUUUUAUAGGUGCUUGCAAGAUAUGUUUAUAUUAUUUUUAAAGUCUUAUUUUUAAUAUACCACCUACUGGAUACCUUUAGGAGUAGGAAAGAUUUUCCAUUAUACAUCUUUUUUCUUGAGCAUGAUGUUAUAAAAUAUAAAAUUCAAAAGUUUGAAUAAAUAAUUUAAAUGUGAAUAUAUGUAUUCAAGAGGUUGGAAUUUCAAUAUAACCAAUCAAUAAAAACAUUUUCACCAUGUUUACCAAUGUUCUGAAGUACAGCUUGGAGGUGAAGUAAUUAAAUACAGUGUGCUGAUAGUUAACUUCAGUCGUUAAACAUAUUCUUGCAUUUACACAGAUUGUACUCUUAUUUGACGGCUCAGUCAUAUUGUGUAUAUAAAAUUAUACAGAGGAAGAUGAAGCUUCAUUUGAAUGCAGUUGCACUGAGAAAAGUAUUCAAGAUGAGGGAUAAUUUGUGAAAUGCUAUGUCAUUAUUUAAGAAGUUUGUAUUGUACUGAUUAGUAGGAUUUUCUUAUAUAAUUUAAUUGAUUAAUAACUCUAAGUUACGGUUUAUUGAACCCCCUCCCCAUGAAUUUCAUAUAAAAUGAUUGGGCUGUUAGCUUUACUAACUGAAUGUUUGCUUCUUGCACUCUGGUUCUUGAGCCGAAGUUAAUUUUUUGAUAUUUAUGUAAGUAUAAUCAAGUAUCAAAAAAUAUUGCUUGUGAAAUAUUCUCGGUGGAAAAAAUUUAUUAUUAAAGAAAAAAAUGAUAUAGUCAGACAAAUUAUGGAACAGGGUAUCUAUGAAUUAGACCCUAAACAGUCCGAUAUGUUUUAAAUAAUUAACUCUGACAUAAAUAUUUAAAUUACUGGAGUACAAACAACACAGGUGAAAAAUUCGGAUUUGUUUCAUGCGAGUGUUCCACUUUUCAGAAUUUUCUAGUUGUGUACGGUUUUUUUAUUAUAUCAGGAAAAUAUUUUGAUAUUUUUGUAAAUUAAUUGAAAUUUUUACUGAUACUAGAAAUAUGAUUAUUUAUAAAAUAGAAACGACACUAAAGAAUGAUGUAUGGUGAAAGAUGUGCAUUCUAAAUGACGCAUGUACGACAUUUAUUUACAUGUAAAAAGAAAGAAAUGAAGGUUUCAAUCGAACAACGAUUCAAGAUUGAAAAUUUUUUUGACCAAGGGUUAUUCUGAAUGCGACAUCAUUUCAUUUACUACUAUUUCUUAUUGAUAACCUCUUUAAACUAUUCUUACAAAGGAAUAAUUUGAUUUGAGUUGAAGUUUUAACAAAUUGUUCAGUCUCACAUUUUAACAAAUCGUUCAGUUUGUUGAUAUCCUUGUUUUUAUAGCUAGUGUUAGUUGUGAAAUCUUAGUUCAUCUCUUUUUUCCAACUGCAACAAAUAUAUAAUGUAUACAUGCCCCAAUUCUAGGUGUUGUUUGUAUUUGAUCUAUAAAUCUGCAAUUUUCUAAGUGUUAUGACUGUUGCUAAGAUAAAGGGUGAUAUUAGGAUAAAAAUGUUUGUUUUUGGAAAUGUUUUUGAUCUUAGCUGGGGUUUAUUUUUUGAUUUUAAGUUGUCCUAUUCUGAUUACAAUAAAAUCCUGUUUAUUAAGAA